GUACCAUACACAUGGCAUUGUCUCCUGCCCAACCAUCACACAUUAAAUCAUAUGUGGGUGCCCCUUCACCCUUGAGCUAUAAGUCCAUGGUUAGUGACCACCAAACACCACCACUUCAUCCACAGACAAAGGCAUCCCAACCUCCAACUAGCAGAAGAAUUUCUCCGGUUCCAAAAACACAAGAAGCUACCAUGAUGAGUGCCAAGUCACUCGCUCAGCUGGCAAAGAAGUGGCAGAGGGUGGCGGCUAUCGGGAGGAACAGGCUCACCUGGUUGCCAUCAACAUCCACAAAAGAAGCCGGAGGGUCGUACUCGUCGGUGGCCGGCAAGGGCCACUGCGUCGUGUACACUGCUGAUGGUGCAAGGUUCGAGGUGCCCCUUGCGUUCCUCGGAACGACCGUCUUCAGUGAGCUCUUGAGGAUGUCCCAAGAGGAGUUCGGCUUCGCAGGCGUUGACGGUGGCAGAAUCACGCUUCCCUGUGACGCAUCGAUGAUGGAGUACGCCAUGUGCUUGCUCAGGAGAAGCGCCUCCGCAGAGAUGGAGGCUGCAUUCCUCAACACCAUGGCGAUGCCAUGCCACUAUCAUGUGGAGCCACAUCUGGGAGUUAGCCAGCAUUUCGGUGUCUGCAGCUCCUGAUUACCAUCUGCAGAAAUAUAGGAAAAUAGACUAAGGAAAACACUUUGCGUGUAAGCAUUUUGAUCUUGCUAGCAAAGAAGCAAUCAAGGAAGAUGGACAGUAGUUAGAGACAUUGUUCUUUCAAUGUAUGCAUAUUCUAUGUUCCAAAGAUAAAUGAUU